CUCAACUUCUUUCAAGAUGCCUGCUAAAGCUGCUCCAAAGGCCAUGCCUCCACCACCACCUCCAAGCCCACUAUUCAAUUACCAUUACAACUAUGCUUAUAAUUCUCAUGGUAUCUCUGUCAAUAUCAAUUACAACUGCUCCUACCCGAUAGCGAUGUCCCCCCCUCCUCCACCUUUGCCAGUCGGUAAAGGGAAGGGAAAGCCAAAGGGAAAGUAGUUCUCGGUCCUUCAUGUCCUCCAAGUCUUUCCACUCUGCGCUGUCACCUUAUCAAGCCGCCACUUAAAUUUAUUCAACCCUCAAGCAUCUCAUAACCAUAGUAGAAUAGUUCAAUUGCUUAUUUUCUUCUAAUUUAAACCUCACUUCGUAUAUACAUCCUAAUCAUAAAGAAUGAUGAGCACUCAUUGUAUAUAAUCCAA